ACGGUUGGUGAUGCUCUCUCCGACAUGCUUGUGAUUGAAGCCAUCUUGGUGCUGAAGAACCUCACAAUUGCACAGUGGGAUGCUCUGUACACGGAUCUUCCAAACCGACAGCUCAAAGUGAAGGUUGCCGAUAGGCGAGUCAUCAGCACGACAGAUGCUGAAAGACGAGCAAUUGCACCUCCAGGGCUGCAGGAAAAAAUCGACCAUCUGGCUGAGAAGUUUAAAUUGGCUCGGGCAUUUGUUCGUCCAUCUGGAACAGAAGACAUAGUCAGAGUCUAUGCCGAAGCUGACUCCCAGGAGAACGCAGAUAAACUUGCCCAUGAAGUCAGCUUGGCUGUCUACCAUUUAGCUGGUGGAUUUGGAGACCCACCCAAGGCUGUUUGAUGAAAUGUCAUGCUUGGAUCUGAAUCAUGAAAUUUUGUCAUAUAAAACCUUUACUAGCUGAA